ACUCCUUUUUUCAUUCGCAGUACGCGGACGUGUCGACUUUAAAACUUACUGUGUUGAUCGUAGUAAUGUUGUCGACACUUGUUUUGUUGAGUUUCUUAAUAUAUUCUAAUACAAGCAAUGUGAAAGGUUCAAACUGUCCUGAAUUAUGGAUUGAUUGCGGUAAUGAUAAAUGCAUUUCUCAAAUGUGGGUUUGUGAUGGAGAUAAUGAUUGCGGAAAUUUUAAAGAUGAAGAAAACUGUGAAAGUGGUAUACCACAGAGAUCAUGCCUUUCAAGUCAGUUCCAGUGCGUGGAAGAUGGUCAUUGCAUAGCUGAUACUUGGCACUGUGAUGGAGAACACGACUGCGAAGAUGGAUCUGAUGAAAAGAACUGUCUAAACGACACACAUUGCCAUGGAUUCCGAUGCAACGACAAUCACUGUAUACCAGAAAAAUGGAGAUGCGAUGGACGCGCAGACUGCGAAGACGGAUCUGACGAAGGCGACCAAUGUCCAAAAAGUCAAAAUUGUUCACCUACGGAAUUCACUUGUGCUUCCGGUUCAUGUAUAGACCAAAAACAAGUUUGUGACGGGAAAAAAGACUGUUCUGACGCUAGCGACGAGAGUAGGCAAUGCAGUGAUGUAUGUGCUGAGCACACAUGUUCUCAGAAAUGCAGACAGACACCAAAAGGACCAGAAUGUUACUGCAGCGAUGGCUUCGUUCUUGAAAAAGAUAAUAUAACUUGUACAGACAUCGACGAGUGCCGCACUGAAGGAACAUGCAGCCAAAUUUGCACGAACUUAAUUGGAAGUUAUAAAUGCACUUGUCUAGACGGAUAUUCACUUGAAAAUUCUACUUGUAGAGCAAAAGGAGGGGAACCUGUUCUAUUAUUUUCCAACAAGGAUGAAAUAAGAGGAUUCUACUUGAGGACAAAGAGAUAUUUUCUAGUUCAUAAAGCUGUCAACCAAGCAUCAGCCUUAGAUGCUGAUCCCUUAGAAUCCAGGGUUUACUGGAUCGAGCCUUCAAAUGCUUCUGUAGUUUAUUCAUCAAAAAUUGACGGAAGCGGAGGCAUGAGGGUAGCCCUAAACAAUGGACUAAUGAUACCGGAAGAUAUAGCCGUAGACUACAUAGCAAGAAACCUCUACUUCACAGAUUCUGGCUUGAAACAAAUUUUGGUUUGUAAAAUGGAAGGAACAAUGUGCCACGUCCUGCACGACCUAAAUAAUAUGAAUAAGCCGAGAUCUAUAACUCUGGAUUUAGCAGAAGGAUUUCUAUACUGGUCAGAUUGGGGAGUGAAUUCAUGGGGUAUCUAUAGAAGUGGUAUGGAUGGUUCCAGAAGAUCUGUACUUGUGUCAAAAGACAUAAAAUGGCCGAAUGGAAUUACAAUAGAUCACACAACCAAUCGCCUGUACUGGAUUGACGCUAAUCUUUUAACAAUUGAAUACAUUACUCUGGAUGGAACUGAAAGAAAAGUUCUUUUAAAAGAGGAAAUUUAUCAUCCUUAUUCCUUAAGUGUUUUCGAAGAUAAUCUGUACUGGUCAGAUUGGAGCACUUACUCUCUAGAAACUUGCAACAAAUUCACCAGCCAUAAAAUGACAGUUUUGGCACGAGAAAAUGGUAAACACAUAUUUGGGGUACAUGUAUACCACCCAGUUCAAGCAACAAGAGUGGAUAAUCCUUGCUGGUCCAAUACUUGCAGUCACAUGUGCCUCAUAGCUCCAUCUAAUGGCUACAAAUGUGUAUGCCCACCUGGAUUUACACUUGCCACCAAUGGUGAAACUUGUAAAUUGGACGACUCAUUCCCCGUGCUCAUUGUGAACGACGAAUCCACUGUAUACAAAAUUAAGCCAGAAGCAGUGGGAAGUACUGCAUUGACGGAACUACCGAUAGCUUACAUUGAUCAUAUUGGUAGAAUAGCUUACGAUUGGAGUACGAAAACUCUUUAUAUUGCAGACAUGAGAACCCCUGCUAUCUAUGCGGUCAAUAUCUCUUCCUUAGUCCGAAGAGUCUUUGUUAAAAAUCAUCUUGUCGAACCAAAAGAUCUGGCGUUUGAUUGGAAAAGUGACAACUUGUACUGGGUAGAUUUCAGUAAAGGUACUGUCGAAGUAAUCUCCACGAGAAAGAAUCUAAGGACUUCUUUGAUCGUUGAUUUGACCAAACCCAGUGCAAUUGCUCUGCUGCCUCAAAUUGGGCGUAUGUUUAUAUCAACAGUUGGUGAAGAAUCUGCCAUUGCUAUGUACAACAUGGAUGGUAGCAACCGAGUGGGUCUCGUUCUUGGACAGAUCUCAGCAGUGGCUCUUGCUGUGCAUCCCUCUACUAGUCUUCUUUAUUGGGCCGAUCCACAAACAGAAUCCAUUGCUUAUAUGGACUAUAAAAGCCCAAAAAGUGAACCAAGCGUGUUAUUGAGAAGACUUGGAAAUGUAAUGUCCGUCGCCGUUAGUGAUGAGUAUGUCUACUGGACAGACACAAAGAACAAUGUCUUAAACUACUUGAAGCACAAUGCUAAUAUCUCACAUACGAUAAUCUUGCCUGGUUUUCGAAAUAAAUUGGCACCAAGGAAAGUUCUUUUCUCUGCAACACCUAUACGGUCAAGAUCAAUUGAUUUUAUAUGUUCCGUGAACAACGGAGGUUGCAGUCAUCUUUGCCUUACAGCUGAAGGAGGCCGUGCAUGUGCCUGCACUACUGGAAUGGUGCUUUCUAAUGAUGGAGUCACUUGCACGAUUAAAAAUUGCACAUCUGACGAAUUCCAGUGUAAAAGAAGCAAAACGUGCGUGCCCAAAGACUUUGUUUGUGACGGCUUAAAGGAUUGUGAAGAUUCAUCGGAUGAAGUAUGCGAUGGACCAGUGGAAAUCUGCCCGGGCAAUGACUUCAGAUGUUCAAAUGGACGAUGUAUUCUAAUAGACUGGAAGUGUGAUAGCAGAGAUGAUUGUGGGGACAAUUCUGACGAAAUCGGAUGUCCUCCUUCAACAUCUUGUUCUAAGGAUCAAAUGUCUUGUUCAGGCGGUGAAUGCAUACCCACUCUUUGGAAGUGUGACGGGGAAAAGGAUUGCACUGAUGGAAGUGAUGAGAAAGACUGCCAUGCCACUGCUUGCGACGACGAGACGCAACUCAGAUGUGACCAUGGACAAUGCAUACCAAAGUCUUGGGCUUGCGAUGGCACUGUUGACUGUAAUGAUGGCACAGAUGAAAGGAACUGCUCUGCCGUACCAGUUCCUUGUACUUUCAAAGAGUUCCGGUGCGCUGAUGGAGCUUGCAUUGACAAGAAACUUGUGUGUGACCAAAGAAAAGACUGUCCAGAUGGUACAGAUGAAACUAAUUGCACCCAUUCCAUAAAAAGAUGUGAAGGGGAUAAAUUCUCUUGUCUGGAUGGUCUGUGCAUUUAUGCUCAUGAAGUCUGCGACCGUUAUAGAGAUUGCCCUGGAGGCGAAGAUGAAUUGAAUUGUACCCGAACUGAAGCAGAGUGCACAAGGGAAGAACACUUUUGUACAAAUACUUCUAAAUGUAUAUCGAAACGUUGGAUCUGCGAUGGCGACAACGACUGCGGAGAUGAAUCCGAUGAAGAACCGAACUUCUGCAUGAAUAAAGAACGAUUUACUUCCACUUUUCCACCCUAUAAAAACAUGUUAGCAUGCACAGAGUUCUUCUGCGAGUAUUCCGGUGAAUGCAUCCCAUGGACAAAAGUCUGCGAUGGAAAUUCUGAUUGCACAGAUGUAACGGACGAAGGACCCCAAUGCUAUACGGCGUGUAGAGACAACGGGGGUUGCUCUCAGAAGUGUACUAAAACUCCUACUGGCUCAAAAUGUUCCUGCUUUACUGGUUACAAGUUGAUGGAUGACGAAGUUACUUGUGAGGACAUUAAUGAAUGUACGAUACCCGGUUACUGCAGCCAGCUUUGCAGCAAUACGAAAGGUGGGUUUAAAUGCAACUGCAUUGAUGGAUACGUUUUGGCGCAUGAUCGCACUAAGUGCAAAGCAGAUGGUGGUCCGGCAACUUUAGUGUAUUUGCUACCCGACACAAUAAGAGGAAUUCAGUUAAGCACAAACAAUCUAAGAUUGUUUUAUACUGAUGAUGGUGAAAAUAUGCGAGGUAUGGACUACGAUGCAGCGGAAUCAAAGUUCUUUUGGACAGAUUGGAAACUUAGCACUUUGAAUAGCUAUGCACCAAUAACUAAUGAGAAGACUACAGUGUUAACGGCUCCCAUACGACCGCAUCACUUGAAGUGGGAUUGGUUGACCAGAACUUUCUUUUACACGAAUGACGAAGGAUCCAUAGUUGCUUGCGACGAAAGCGGGAAAUAUUGUGCAACAACCAUUCUAAAUGCAGCACCAUUCGUUAACAGUUUUGAUAUAUCACCAAAGAGCGGGAUAAUGUUUUGGAGUGUAUGGGAUGUAGUUAGACAAUCUCAAUUUGGAAUAAUAGAACGAGCUGAUUUGGAUGGAAGCGACAGGGUAGCGAUUGUGAAAGCAAAUACGUAUUGGCCAUCUAGCGUUACUGUCGAUGAAGUAAUGGAGAGAAUUUACUGGGCGGAUUUGAAAUCCUUUAUUGUUGAACUCUCAGACUUUGCAGGACGCCAAAGGAAAAUUCUGUUGCAAGGAAAAUCGUAUAAUCCAAUGAGCAUGACAGUCUUCGAAGACUACUUGUACUUUUCAGACUACAACGAUACCAUAUACAGAUGCAAUAAAUUCAGUGGCAAAGACUGUGUUCCAGUUCAUUCGGACAACGUCAAAGCAGAAGUCACUAUGAUAUUCCAUAAAGUGAAGCAACCAAAGGGUAAAAAUCGCUGUUUUGAUAACAAAUGCCCACAUCUUUGUUUGCCAAAUCGUUCAGAAUCAACUUGUGUGUGCGCAGAUGGUUAUGAAGAUCACAACGAGACUUGCACUUUAAGUUCAACGGAAGCGCCAACACAAAAGCCGACAAAUGUACCAGCUAUCACUUGCCCACCGAAUUACUGCCAAAGAAAUGGCAACUGCAUUGUUGUGGGCAAUAAACUUUAUUGUCAGUGUCCCCCUGAAUACCUAGGUGAUGUGUGUGAGAGGCGGGCAAAAGCUGCUGGUCCUGAGCCUGUUACAGACUACAGCUGGGUUGUAGUAGUCUUCUUAGCGCUCAUUGUCAUUGCCAUUAUUGUACUAGUCUACCUUUUGUGCCAGAAAAAUAGGGAGAAGUUGAGCCGAAUGAGUGAAAACGUUGCUGUGACAUUCAGGAAGUCUGGCUUUGGCCGAAAAAGUAGCCGCUUGAUUAUCGACGGAGAAGAUGGUGGCGCCUGCGACGAACUAAUGCUCGGUCAGGCUGAUGCUCUAAAAAAUCCCUCACGUAGUUUUGGUAAUCCACUGUUCGGCAAAAAGCCACGUGUGUAUCCCGAUCCAGAGUCCCAAAAUGAUGGGGACUUUAAGAGAUGGCCGUCGUACGACUCCGAGGACUCCGCCUUCGUCAGUGAAUCUCAGACUCGCGAGGGUUCUCAACACCGUGCGGACUCUAAUUCAAUGAGAGUGAGAAACUUUGCAGAUCGUCUUGGAGAGUUCUUCAACCGGAAUUAGAAUCUUCAGGACAACUGGAUUUUGUAUAUAAUUUGUACAUAAUGUGUAAAUUCGUUGAACCUGUUUGCGCAUAUUUUUAAAUGUUACGUUUUUAAACUAAUAAACUAACCCAUUUUAUUUGC